AUGCCCCACAUCUCGCAAAACGACAACUACAACACAACUACGCUCGGACUACGAAAACUCGUUGAUCGAACAGAACGACGAAGAUCUCGGAUAUUUUACGACUCGGCAUGGAAAAGUGUGAUAACAAAAACCAGGACACAUAAUUUUUCAAAAAAUCCACGCAGAUUUCUCGAGAUUGUAAUUGCUGUGGACGAGUCAGUGAUCAAAUUUCACGGCAGAGUUCGCGUCAAACAAUAUGUCUUAACUCUCAUGAACAUCGUGAAUGCUUUGUAUCAAGACCCAAGUCUGGAGGCAAAUCUUCAGAUCGUUAUACGUGACCUACAUCUGUUCGAAAAGAAGCGCAGCGUAAUAAAAUUGGGGAAUGCCAAGAAAUCUUUAGAAAAUGUAAACCUUUGGAAUAAGGAACUUUAUAAAUUGUAUGACGAUGAUGAUGAACCGCAUGAUAUUGCUCUGUGGUUAACACGGACUGAUAUAGGUGGUCCUUCUGGUUAUGCUCCUGUUGGAGGUGUUUGUGAUCCGGAGAGAAGCUGUGCGUUGACUAGAGAUGAAGGAUUAACUUGUGCUUUUAUUAUAGCACAUGAAUUAGCACAUAUUUUAGGUUUAUCACAUGAUGGCGACUCGAAAAAUAACAACACUUGUCGGGAUGAUGCAUUACAAGGAUCUGUAAUGGCCCCGAUGGUUUCCGCGACGUUUCAUCACUUUCUCUGGUCAGAAUGCAGCCGAAAAGAAUUUGCAACAAAAGUCAGUCAAUGGCAGUGCUUGCUGAAUGCGCCUGAUGCUAAGAGAUCGAUCGAAUUGAAUUCGACGCUGGGCGCUCGCUUCACGAUGGACGAACAAUGCCGCGUCGAGUUCGGCGAAGGUUAUGAAUUAUGCAGAUCUUUUGAUAUAGUAGAACCCUGCGCGCAUUUGUGGUGUGGCCAUCAUAAAUCACCCUUGGUUUGCAAAACGAAGAAAGGACCACCACUCGAAGGCACUGAAUGUGGUCCACAUAAAUGGUGUAUUGAUGGAUAUUGCGAUAGUACACUCCGGAUUAACCUAGAUCCGUUGAAAUAUAAUCCACAAGAUGGCGGAUGGAGUGACUGGGGCACGUGGACACAAUGCUCAAGGUCUUGCGGACUUGGUAUGCAAUUUCGGCAAAGAUCUUGUGAUAAUCCAAGACCUGCGUAUGGCGGAAAUGAUUGUGAGGGACUUACAGAAGAAUGGCGUGUUUGUAAUACACAAACCUGUGCUGAUUUAAAAGAUUUUCGUGCACAGCAGUGCAAUAGAAUGCCUAAAUUAUUAGACGUACCAAAGAAUCUAACAUGGCUGCCUUAUGAAAGUGACCAAAUUGAUCUAAAGUGUAAUUACAUCUGUCAAAGUAAAGAAACUAGUGAAAUAUAUGCCAGUGAUGAGUUUUUAUCAGACGGAACACUUUGUUCCUACGAUAGAGAUAACAAACGCUGUGUGCAAGGCAAAUGCGUCACAAUCGGAUGUGACAACCGUGUUAAUUCCACGCUUAUACAAGAUGGAUGCGGUGUAUGCAACGGGGACAACUCGGAAUGCCUCCGAAUCAAGUCCAACAUAACGAAAAAAAUUAAAAAACAAAUCACUCGUGUAGGCGUGUUGCAUAAUCAAGCACGCCACAUUGCGAUAGAAUUCGCACUCCUCUACGAUAAUCCCAGCGUGCCGCGGCAAAUUGAUUUCGAUUUGUUCCUCAAGGAUCGCAAACGCAACGCGUUCCGCAUUCGCAAGUCCGCGUUCGGUGCGCCGGCGGGCAGGGAAUUCAAUCAGCACCGGCGAGGACAAUCGCGGGAAAACAACGCGCAUCCCAACGAUGUGCCAAUGGAAAUCAACCAACGUGCGGAUCAGAAUACCCAGGACGGAAUCAGCGUGACAAUUGUACACGGCGCCAAAUUUCGCUUCCAUGCAUUGGAGACCAGUAAUGCUCUUCUGCCACAGAAUGAGACUUUAUAUUUAAGCACUCAGGGACCUGUGCUGAAUGAAUUAGUUUUGUUUGCUAAAAUGAAUAUGGAGUAUUUAUUGCAUAAGAAAUUUAAAGAAUCACGUUAUGAAUGGAUUCUUGGUGGUUGGGGAUCUUGUUCUACUUCUUGCGGAGGUGGAAAAAUGUUUAAGACGAAAGCAUGUGUGGAAAAAUCAACGCAACGUAUUGUAGCACGUAAAAUGUGUUCAAUUGUUAAUAAGCCACCAACUGAAGCACGAACAUGCAAUGAUUUUAGUUGCAAUUUUGUAUGGAUCCCAGGACAAUGGGAACCAUGCACAGCUACAUGUGGAAAUAAUGGCGUACAACACCGGGAAAUCUACUGCGUUCCACAAAAUUUACAAAAUGACACAACUGACUUAGAAUCGGCUCCCUGGAAAUACAUGUUGCCACCAACAAAAUGUGGUUAUCAACCACCAUCAAUACUUCGUCCAUGUAAUCGUACUACAUGUCCAGGUCAUUGGGAAUACUCACCGUGGUCACAAUGUUCUACUUCCUGCGGAUUCGGUGAACAAAUUCGUGUUGCGCAAUGCACGCAACCCAAAUCACACUUUACUGCAUCAAACCAAAAUGAUACAAAUAUUAAUAUAGAAUGUGAUUCAAUAUUACAACCACCACAAAUGAAACAAAUUCAAAGUUGUGAGAAUGUCGAAAAAGUCGAUUAUGCUAGGCAACCAACCGAACUAUGUACAAAAAGCACAGAAGAUACUUCACCGUUUUGUGAAAUACGAUCACUGAAAAGGUAUUGUCAAAUAGAUUCAUUUCGGGAGUUGUGCUGUCACAGUUGUAGCUUACAACAUGCAACUUCAAUAUAAAUAGAAACGGUUUUGAUUAACAAUAAUACAACAACGAUGAGUAUAAAUUAAUACUUGAUAAUUCAAGUAUUAGGUUAUCGAGAGUAAUAUUUAAUUGUGUUUUCAUUCAAUUCAAUCGAAACAAUCAAGUGAUUAGGAGAUAGCUUAUCAUGCCUGAUUCAUAUCUAAAUUCGAUGCUACCUACCGACUGUUGUCACUCAUCGAUUGUUAGUGAAUAUAAACCAAAUUAAAUGAUAAUAUUUUUAUAUAUUUGAUUUAGUUGAGUGUAGUUCUCUGAAUUCUGUGGCAUUUCAGUGAUGAAUAAAUUUAAAUGUUUAACUGGAA